AUGAGCGACUCAGAGACCAACUCACUGGACAACCUCGUUAAGCGCGAUAGUCUGGUAGAGACAAACUCUGACUGGUCCGACGAAGAAGUCGCCGUCAGGGCUGGUCUCCCAGUUGGUUCGCUUGCUACCGGCCUUUGUUAUGAUAUCCGUAUGCGGUACCACUGCGAAGUGCGUCCAACCUCUGAGGUGCAUCCAGAGGAUCCCAGACGAAUCUAUUACAUCUACAAAGAGCUGUGUCGUGCUGGCUUGGUGGAUGAUCCAGAGUCGAUACAACCUUUGGCCCCGCAGCCACUGAAGCGCAUCAAUGCCCGCAGCGCCACCGAGGAGGAAAUUACUCUGAUCCAUUCCGAGGCUCAUUAUGCCUUUGUUAGAAGCACUCAAGACAUGUCGGAUGAGGAGUUGGUGUAUCUGGAGAAAACUCGGGACUCGAUCUAUUUCAACCGUCUGACCUUUACCUCAUCUCUUCUGUCAGCUGGAGGUGCUAUCGAGACUUGCUUGGCUGUUGCUCGCCGACAGGUCAAGAACGCCAUCGCGGUCAUUCGUCCGCCCGGCCAUCACGCCGAGCAUGACACCGCCAUGGGCUUCUGUCUGUUCAACAACGUUCCUGUAGCCGCACGUGUUUGCCAGAACGUUCUUGGCGACGAAUGUCGCAAGAUUAUGAUUCUUGACUGGGACGUCCAUCAUGGAAACGGUGUCCAGAAAGCUUUCUAUAAUGAUCCCAAUGUCCUCUACAUCUCGAUUCACGUCUAUCAGAGCGGCAAGUUCUAUCCCGGUGGCGAUGAAGGUGACUGGGAUCACUGCGGUGAAGGCCCUGGGCUGGGAAAGAACGUCAACAUCCCCUGGCCCGACCAGGGUAUGGGGGAUGGUGACUACAUGCACGCUUUCCAGAAAGUGGUGAUGCCCAUCGCCCUGGAGUUCGACCCGGAUCUUGUCAUCAUCUCCGCUGGAUUUGAUGCUGCUGCUGGUGAUGUGCUGGGUGGUUGUUUCGUGUCGCCCUCGUGCUAUGCGCAAAUGACCCACAUGCUCAUGACCCUUGCGAACGGCAAGGUUGCGGUCUGUCUGGAGGGAGGAUACAAUUUCAGAUCCAUCUCAAAGUCUGCGUUGGCGGUGACAAAGACCCUCAUGGGGGAACCUCCAGACCGCCUGUCCAAGACUACACCAACGCAAGAUGCGAUUGAGACCGUGGGGCGGGUCAUGAAUAUCCAGGCCCAGUACUGGCGGUGCAUGUACCCCAAGCCGCCUCAACAUCUAACUGGGGCUGAUCGGCUGCACGAUGUGAUUCGUCAAUAUCAAGCCCAGCAGUUGUAUGAGCACUUCAAGCUCACACCGCUGUUCAUCUACCGCACGAAGAUCUCCAAGUCGUUUGAGAAUCAGGUUCUGGCAAGCGCUAACUAUCAUGAGCGCGUACCGCUCAUCGUCAUUUUCCAUGACCCACCAGAGCUCAUGGGCUAUCCGGACCCCGUGACCAGUAGACUUGAAGCCCACAAUUGUUGGAUGGCCGAUACCAUCAAGGAUUACAUUGGAUGGAUUCUCAGCAAAGGCUACGCUGUGAUCGACGUGAACAUUCCAAAACAUAUCAGCCAGAUACCCGCCACCGGAAAGUUCGAAAAGGACGAUGAAAACCGUCCCACUGUAACCGAAGAAUUGGUGAACUACCUGUGGGACAAUUACAUCGACUUUCAUGAGAAGCGGGAAGUGUUCUUCUUCGGCAUUGGUGGUGCUUUCUCCGGCGUUGUCAAUUUCCUAAUCAACAGAGAAAACAUGUACAAGCGCGUCAGCGGUAUCGUCUCAUUUGUGGCUAAGAAUCCCGUCCGUGCUGUUAACUCUAACACCCAAGUGUGGCUGUCCAAAUGGUACCGGGAUAACUCGCUGGUGUUCGUCUCCGACUCUCACAGCGUCUGGAAAAAUGAGGAGCGCAAGCCGUCCAAGCGCUACGGCAAGCUGUACAGAUCUAGCAAGUCUUCGCUGAGUGAAAUGAUGACCGAAAGCCAGCAGCAAGUCUUUGAGUGGCUGGCAGAUCGCGCGGACGAAGCACUCGACGAAACGGAGGACGAGGUCGAUGAGGACUUGCCCAUGAAAGGAUGA